UGAGCAUUAUUUGGAAUGGAGGUGGAGGGAAGUUGGCUGAAAAUGUCUCCAAAGGGUUUCUUCCUGCUACUGGGGUUCUUCAUCAUUAUUGUCCUGUUCCAGUUUCAUCAUCAGGACCAUUUUAAGCACAUCCACUUUUGGCAUGGUCAAUACCAUCAUCACUUCAAACAAAAUAUAGGUGUUGAAGUGUUUGAUGAAGAUGAAGUGCAACACAAACCUUCCAAUGAGUCUGCAUCUCAUCCUCCUGGAACUGUAGUGGCCCCCAUGGCGGGUCUAGUGGUUAAAAUUUUGGUGAAGGAUGGGGAAAAAGUUGAGCAAGGCCAACCAGUAUUGGUAUUAGAAGCAAUGAAGAUGGAGCAUGUCGUGAAAGCUCCAAAUACUGGCUAUGUUAGUGGCCUUAAGGUUGAAGUGGGCCAGCAGAUUUAUGAUGGUGUUGCUCUCUUCAGUAUCAAGAAUUCUUAGAUCCAUCGGGCAUUUACAUUGAAGACAAUUUGAAGUGGACCAGAAACUACAAGCAGCUCUGGAGAGAUUGCAAAAGAUCUCUGUAUACUCUAUGCAAUGAUCUUGACAAGGAAACUGUACAUUAGUUAAAUAGGUCAAUAAAAAUUCACAUAUGGGGGUUUGGGAUUUAGUUUUGUGUUAACGAAUUGAGCCACAUUUACAACUUAUAUGGGGUUCAAAUCCCAUCUCCUAAAUCCCCCUCAAAUGUAUAAAAGAAAAUCACAAUAAAAG